AAUUACGUUCUACUUGAACGUGGCGGUGCCAAUCUCACAAAAUUUCGCAUUUACAACAUCUUGCUUUGCUUGAAAAGUUAUACUAUUUUUACUGCAGCAAGUACUGGAUGGCUGAAUUAAAUGACAUCUACACUUCCGAUUGAUCUUAUGUACCAAUAUAAAUAGGCAGUUAGAAAAGACAUUCGACACGAGAUCGCAUGACUGCUAUGACUUGCAAGUGGAAUGGAUUAUUUAACGUUGGGGAGGACUUCGAUGAUGAGGUGCUGCAAACUGAUUUACACAGAUCUACUUGAGAUGGACUGGUCUGCUCCAUCAGUGUCUGCUAGCACAGUGUCCUCUGCAGCACAGUCCUGUUUCCUCCGUUCAACUGCAGCAUCAACUCCUGCUGCCCCCUAUGGCCAGAAUAACUCACAUCAACCAUCCACAGAAGGCAUACUUGCCCAUAGGGGCCUGUCGAAUGGCCCAGGGUCAGAUAAUUCAACACAGAACAGUGUAGGACAGUCUCCUGCUUUGGGUUUAAGACAGCUCUCUACAUCUAAACCAUUGCCCUCAUUCCCUCUUCCCCCUCUCCACCUUCCUACACUGAGUAGGGGACUGUGUACAGUUACCCAACAGAGCUCCUCACCAGCUCAACAGAUGAAGUCAAACACAACAGGACAACAAGAGGCCCCCUCGCCGCAGGAUGACUUUGAUGAUUGGGAUGUUGACCUGGCAGACCUAGAUGAAAGUGACCCACAGAUGAGCACUUGGGCUCAGGUCCGAGAAACUGCUCCAGCUGCAGAUCUAACCAAGCCCAGCGAUGACUCUGUAUCCCCAGCCAAAAGACUACGGCCCACAGCCUGUGGUGGUGCUCAAACCGGGCCCAAUGUGGGUCUGAGAGGAUUCAGUACCUCUAACCAAAUGUCUGGUCUUCCCAGUAGUAGUAAUAUACUCCACAGGUCCUCAUUCCCUGGUUCCUUCCCCUCUCCCCGCCCUGAUCCUAGUGCUACCUUCCUCCUAGCUCCACCCCAGAGCCCAGUGUUAUCUGGCCUCACCAUGGCCUCCAGCCCCUUCCCCAGGCCUGUGACCCCCAGGCCAGUCAGAGGGCUUCCUUCCCAGGUACAGAGGCCCUGGGCUACACCUCUGGCUCAGGGACGCAGCCUUUUUGACCCCAUCUCCCCAGCCCCCUCUAGUAGGUUUGGUGGACCCAUUUCUUCCCCCAGUCUCACCCCCCGUUCCCUCCACACGCCCGUCUUCACUAACCACUUGAUUCAGCUGGUGUCCAACUCCAACAAGACCCCCCAGAGACCGGGUUCUGACCACAUCCGGCCCAAUACCCGCCGCUUCCCCGGGCCUGCAGGAAUCCUACCACAACAGCAGCUCCAUGGGCAGAGCCUGGAUGACAUCGUGGUGGCCAUUCCUCAGACACCUGCACAUGGGGCCGUGGCUCGACUGCCCAGUCAGGUUCCCAGCUCUCAGACUGAGGAAGAGGAUUUCAGUGGAGGUCCGUGGGCAGCGAUGAAGGCAGAGAUGGGAUUGGACGAAAGGAACUCCUCCUGUUUUCUGCACUCUUACAGCGUGGCCAUGGUACUCCGCAAGGCGGCCCUGAAACAGCUGGUGAAGAACAAGGUCCCCAACAUGGCUGUGGUACUAAAGAGCAUCCUCCACACACACGCUGAUGCCAAGGCUGUGUUCAGGGAUCCCACAGGAGAGAUGCAGGGCACAGUGCACCGGCGCCUCCUAGAGGACCGACUAGGGGAGCUCAAGACGGGGGCGGUACUGCUGCUCAAACAGGUAGGUGUGUUCUCUCCGUCCCACCGUAACCACUACCUGAACGUGACACCCAACAACCUCCUGAGGAUCUACCCUCCUGACGGCUCGACCCCGUCCUCCACACAGAGCCAGCUGCUCCCACUCCCCCCGGAGCCAAUGUUGGAAUCAUCUGAUCAGUCCUCCAGUGUCCCAGGAGCCCCUGUGUCUCAGAUGGAGUUGUUCUAUGAUAAUGAUGAUGAAGAGGAUGUUCGGGCCCCACAGGUCUCUGCAGACUCUGGUGCUGGCUCCUCUAGUGUUCCACAGGGCCCGCCUGCUGCACCACUGGACCUGUCCUGGGACGCAGAUGACCUUGAUGAGCUUCUUGGGGAGUUGCCUGUUGAGUCCUUCUGCCUCUGACACCUGCCCACCUACCCCUUACGGAAUGUGAAUUAGAUUUUGACGCAUUCUGACCACACGUUGGAUGCCUUUCUACCUGAUUCCCCCGGAGAAUCUUGUCGCCUGAAGUGCUAUCAUUUUGUGUUUGGUGUGCUGUGACCAUUAAUUUCACCGGGAAAAUGUGCAUGUCGGCCGUGUGGGGGGAAAAACUCUGAGAUGUUGGGAACUGGGACUGUCGCUCCCGCAUCUCCCCAAUUUGAAUGAAGCUUCACUACCCAUACUGCUACGGGUACAUCCCAUACUGCUACGGGUACAUCCCAUACUGCUACGGGUACAUCCCAUACUGCUACGGGUACAUCCCAUACUGCUACGGGUACAUCCCAUACUGCUACGGGUACAUCCCAUACUGCUACGGGUACAUCCCAUACUGCUACGGGUACAUCCCAUACUGAAACAUGGUACGAACUAAAGUAUCAGCCUGAAGUGAAUGACUUUAAACAUUGUCUCCUGGAGCCUUCUGUCAUUCUCUGCCAUGCUCUUCUUUCUCCAUGUCUGUCUUAUUGCUAUUUCCUCUGUCUCUCCUAUCCCCCUUCCUCUGUCUCUCCUAUCCCCCUUCCUCUGUCUCUCCUAUCCCCCUUCCUCUGUCUCUCCUAUCCCCCUUCCUCUGGCUCUCCUAUCCCCCUUCCUCUGGCUAUGUUCCGGUCCAGCCUGUUUACCAUGCAUUACAAUUGUGUAGAGACUUUAGGGGAGGGAUUUUCUGGGGUUUUAGUCUCUGUGGAGUUAAAUCCUUCUUUCCUGCUGGGCCAAAUAUAUUCAUCCGGCUCUGUCUGGUGGAGCCCUGGGCGGCUGGGACAGUCACAGCCUGACAAAUGGGGUCUUAUCUGGGCUAAACCAGCAGGAUGGAAGGCCCAUGCCAAAAUUUCACCACCACCAACCUCUCUCCUCAGAGGCAUCACUAUACAUCCAGAUCAGCCUUACUUUCUGUACUACCCCACGCACCCCUCCAAACUUCAAUUGUAGACAGACUGACCUACAAUUCAAAUCACGUUGCAUCCUAAUUAACUACUCAAUAUUGACCAGUCAGCCAACAUUUUCCCAAGAUACAUCAAUGUUUUGCUCUUUUACACGACCAUGUUCUUUUUCCUGUGGAACUUUUGGUCAUAUAUCCCAUUUUCCUUACCUGAACAUGUACUACCAGUAGGGGGCAGUGGCUCACCCCCUCACUGCUGUGUUUUGCCAGUGUCGGUGUGUAUGUAAGACUUAUUAAAGUCUCAGCUGGUAAGAUCUGAGCUGUUGGAGGGUAAA